AUGACUGAAGACAAGACUGUACAACAUGUAAAAAGAAUCGUACAUCAAUUUCGAAAUAGUCAUGCUUCAUUUAUCAUCGAUCAUCAUCAUGGUAUUGGUUAUAGCAUUAUGGAAAAAGACGACAUAGACGAGGCGGCUAAUGUUCUUGCUAUGGCUUUCACACAGCAAAACGAAAUGUAUAAAUGUAGAGGCAUUACUUUUGAUGACUAUGUUGAAAUAGCAUCCCAUGAAUGUCGAAUAUCAGCAGAGGAAAAGCUUUCCAUCGUUGCACGAGAUACAGAAACAAAUCAGAUAGUCGGAGUAGCAGCGGGUUAUUCUUACACCAAAGCAAUUCAAGCUUUUGAUGCAAACAACGCAGAGAACAAGCACAUGGAAGCUAUAGAACCAAUCAUGGAUUGUAUGUUACAACUAUACGAAAAAGUAGAACAAAUGCCAUCAUUUAAUCCGCAUAAAACGGUUAUAAUGGAUGAUCUUGCUUGCGUACAAGGUGUCAAGUACGCUGGUAAAGCCAUUGGAUUUAUAUGCGGUGGAUUAAUCAGAGCAGUAAGUGCUCGAAAUGGUUAUUCCUAUUUGCUGACGGUGGCUAUCAAUCCGGUGAUGCAAAGACGAGCACAUGCUAUAGGUUAUAAACUCAUUCAUUCCAUCAAUUUCGACGAAUAUACUUACAAGGGUCAGAAAGUAUUUCAUGAAUUACUGGAUCAGGGUUAUUAUCGAGCCCAAAUUUUUAUUUAUUAUUUGAAUGAGGAGAGUAAUAGAUUAGGGAGCUCUUCACAAGCAAAAUUAUGA